CCGCCAUGAGCGCGCCGGAGGUGGAGGCGCUCGUGGCGCAGCACUACGAGAUCAGGAGGCGCCUGGGCAAGGGGGCUUAUGGCAUUGUGUGGAAAGCAAUUGAUCGCAGGACAGGAGAAACAGUUGCUGUUAAAAAGAUUUUUGAUGCCUUCAGGAACAGAACAGAUGCUCAGAGAACUUUUCGAGAGAUUAUGUUCUUGCAGGAGUUUGGAGAACAUCCAAAUAUCAUUAAGCUACAUGAUGUUAUUCGAGCUCAGAAUGACAAGGACAUCUACCUCAUCUUUGAGUCCAUGGAGACAGAUUUACAUGCAGUCAUUAAGAAGGGGAAUUUGUUGAAAGACAUCCACAAGUGUUACAUUCUCUACCAACUCUUGAAGGCCACUAAAUUCAUCCACUCAGGAAAUGUUAUUCACAGGGAUCAGAAGCCUUCAAAUAUCCUGCUGGAUGCAGACUGCUUUGUUAAACUCUGUGAUUUUGGGCUGGCUCGUUCUCUGUGUCAGAUGAAUGAGGACCAAGGCAACCCGGCACUGACGGAGUAUGUGGCAACACGCUGGUAUCGAGCCCCUGAGAUCUUACUUUCCUCUCAGAGCUACACUAAAGGGGUGGAUAUGUGGAGCAUUGGUUGUAUUCUGGGGGAGAUGCUACUUGGAAAACCUCUUUUUCCUGGAACAUCAACCAUGAAUCAAAUAGAGCGCAUCUUGAGAGUCAUCCCUGCCCCAUCUGCAGAAGAUAUUUUGGCUAUGCAGUCAGAUUACAGGGCCUCAGUUAUCAACCGCUUGAGCUCCCGGCAAAGAGUAACAUUUGAGGAGAUUUUGCCAUCCUCUACUCCACUACAUGCCUUGGAUCUUCUGAAAAAACUCUUAGUAUUUAACCCUGAUAAACGGCUAACAGCAGAGGAGGCACUGCAGCAUCCUUAUGUGAAAAGGUUUCACUGUCCUGCCAGGGAACCCUCUCUGGGUUAUGAUGUGAUUCUUCCUUUACAUGAUGAUAUCCAGCUCUCUGUAGCAGAGUAUCGAAAUAAAUUAUAUGAGAUGAUCCUUGAAAAGAAAACAAAUAGCUAUCCAAAAGAGCUAGUGGCAAGAGAAACAAUUCAGCAAAGUCAGUCUCAAUCCAGGCCACUUCUUCCAAAUUCUCAUUCUGUGACUUUACCUACCAAGAAAGGCCAGAGAGAACCAAGAUCACCUCUUCUAAAAAAAACACAUAUGCAUGCUGCAACCACAACUUGCAUCCAGACAGAAGUAUCCAACCAGAGUGAAGAUUUAGCAAGAACUUUAUGUCAGAGGUCAAGGACCAACAUGAUAUACAAUCCCAUAACACACACCGUUGCUCAAAGUAAUGGAAAUUCUGGUCUUGUGGUCAGGAACCAUUCUGCACCACCACCUCAGCUGGAGAGAAACUCCAACAAUGGGAAACUGGGGAGACAAGUCGCAUGGGCACAUGCAAAUGCUCGGCUACCUCCAGUUAUGCAGAAUAUUUAUCAUAAUCCAAGAAAUGACCAGUUUCACAGCAAAGAUGUCCGUCCCCUUCUGAAGUCCAGUAAAAAGAUGUUCCAGAUUACUGCAAAUAUGGGAGCUGCUGGAGAUCCGAAAGCAUCAAUGGGCAGUUACUCCCAGGCCUAUGGAACCAUAUGUAAAUCUGCAUUGCAAAGUCUUCCAAUAUCAAAUUCUUCCCAAGAGCAUGCAUAGUGAAUAUAUUUAAGAGCUCUAACCAGAUGAAGUACAGCUUGUC